AUGUCUACCUCGACCUACUCGACCUCGGAGCUCUCCUACACCCAAAGAGCCCUCGCCUCUAACACCCCGACCACCAGCUCCUCCGCUUCGCAGCCCCUGCUCCUACGAGCCGACGGUCGCUGCCCUCUUUCGUUCCGCGAUAUCAUCCUCACCACCAACGUGUCCCAAGCACAGGGGGCCGUCGGCAGUGCGUUGGCUUGUUUGGAUGAUCUGGGUGGCCAGAGUCAGGUCAUGGCGGCGGUGAGGGCCGAGGUGGAGGACGUAAGAACGGCUGAAGAUGAGGAAGUGACGACGAGUGGUAACGGUGGGAUGACGAUUUCGAUAGAGUGGUCAGUCCUUUCGUACCUCAUCCUCCGCCGUUUUUUUGUCCCAAAACUAAGACGACCCCUCCGCCCUUCUUCUCCCCCUUCCCACCCACACCCCCUAUAUGCGCCUCCUCUCGCUUCCCUCUUUUCCUCUUUCCCCCCUCCAGCUCCCCCACCGCCCUCCCGACCCUCCGACCCGACCUCCUCCCUCACCUCUCCGCGCUCCUGACGAGCCUAUUCUCCCCCUCUAGUCUACCCCCCUCCCUGCUCUCCCAACUGAUCAUCAUCCCCCAUUCGAAAACCUGGUCCUUGAAACUCGACCUCCUCAUCCUCGCUUCCCAAGCCGGGAAUAUCGUCGAUUUGGUCUUGGUCGCGGCUAGGUCCGCGUUGGCGACGACUAGGUUACCCCGUACGAGGGCCGUGGAAUACCGAGCACCUCCUUUGACGAUGGGGACCGUAUCGGCGGUCGAAGGAGAAGGUUGGGAAGCGGAAGCGGGCGUGGGACCAGGAACGAUCGAGAGUGGGUUUGCGGGUUUGGUUAAAGGGGGGAAGGGGGGCAGUAAAGCGAUGGACUUUGAGUUGGUGCAGAGGCAUGAUGGGCGGAUGGUCGAUGGUCGAGAGGUGGAAGAGGACGAUCGAAAUGGUGUGAGGUUGAUCGGGUGGAGGGAGUUGCCGAUCGGGUUCAGUCUCCAUUUGGUCCGUCCGCGCGAGGCAACUUAUUGAUGUAGGGAACGGGUGGAAGGAGCUGACCGUCUUGGGUUCGCUAGGUCAACCAAUUACCGUUCCUCGACCCCACGACGCUCGAAGAAGCGACGAUCGAAGCUUCCUUGCUCGUAGGUUUCCAACACCAGGGUCACGUGUGUGCGAUCCAAAUGGUCGGUCAGGGCGAGGUCGAGGUGGGGAGGUUGAUGGGGUUGAUCAAGGUGCGUUCUCUCCCUAGAUAGGGAUGGUUGGGUUUGGGGGUACGAGAGCUUCACUGAUCCUUUCGAGUGAUGGGAUGUUGGGGUUGUUUGUAGAAAGCGAAAAAUCUCGCCGAUGACCUCAAACUCGCGCUUAAUCAGAAAUUGGCGACUGCGUAA